AAUUUUACGUCAGUUUAAUUGACUGAAGAUGACAAGACAUUUCUUCAAAAGCAAAGGCGAAGGUUGGGUUGAGAUUCAUCAUUAAGGACAAGGACUGGGUUGCGUCGUAACCCGCUCAACUCCGCUCUGCGUUGGAGGUGAUAAUCUCAAAACGCGCAAUGCCAGCUAGAGGGCGGGGUUGUCCCAUCUCUCAGGGAGAGGCACUACGAAGGCCAGGCCAGAUAAAUGAUGAAAUUAAUCCUGCUGUAGUCAGUCUCAUUGAUAACAUCCUUAGCAUCAAAUCUCCAGAUGAUAUCCAGGUUUCAAAAGUGGCUGUUGAACUUAAGGAUACUGUCAAAAAGUUUGACGAUCUUCAGUACUGUGUUACAGAGUUAUGCAACCGUGGACUUAGAGAUCGAACCUGUUCACCUGUAGUGGCCAAAGUUUUUGGGUUGACUGCGCAGCAUUUUGUUGGGGACUGUAAAGUUCUUUCUUUGUUGCUUAGGAGAGUACAAACUGAAUACCAAAAGAAGGACGAGUUAGCCAAAAGUGAUAGAAAUAAAUUUGUUACUUCUGCACUUUUCCUUGGAGAGGUUUUUCAUCAUGUUCAGUCAGAGAAAAAAACUCCUUUCAAAGUUUUGGUCGAGCCUGUAUUGAACUACUUGGACAUGAUCAUGAGACCCCAUCUCACUGAAGACCAAAGAGAAGAUAUAGAUGAUGAUAUGAGUGUAGUUUCCAAACAGCUUUUACAGAGUGGUGACGUACUUUGUGAGUUUAACGCAGAGGGAGUCCUGAAGGUUGUUCAAGAUGUAACUGAAGUUCUGUGCCGGCGUGAGUUGAAUAUGUCAACUCGUGUUAACUUAUUAACUGCAUUAGCUGAACUUUGGCCUCGGCUAGCUACAUAUUAUAAUGCUCGCACAAUCCAUGCGCAACUAGCAAAUAGGUUGGAAGUGUCUCUAAAGAUUUAGUGUGGAUUUUACAUAUGGGUAAGCAGGAAUCUUAAUAAUUUAUUGAGACAUGACUCUUGGAUAAUAGUACUGAUAAUUCUUCAAGCAACUUUGCCAGGGCAGAUCUUUCAUCCUCCAUGAAAAUGAUUUUGGAGUUUAUCAGCAAGAAGUAACUAGAUUGUGAUUGUGUUUAUUGAAUAAUGUUUUGUUGUGCUGUGUAUUUUUUGUUUUUUGUUUGAUGAACAGCAUGUGAUGAUAACACUCUGAGGUGAUGAAAUUACAGUAUUUUGAUAAAAUCAUAUUUUGAAAGUAUAUGCUCAUGUUUUUUAAAAACAUUUUGAGGGGUAAUGCAAAUUUUAAGUUAUCACAGUGCUAUUGCACAUCUAGUCACAGAAAGAAACAAAAGUUUGUGGACAGAAGCCAAAUGAAAAUGGAGUCUCCUUAUAAGUGGUGCUUUACUAUUAUUUAAGCUCUGAUUAUAUACUAGCUAUAAGAUAUUGCUAUGAAAUAGAAGGUAUUACCAUAUAUAUAGAGCUUUAAGGACAAUACAAUUUUUUCCAGAUACAAUAGUUUGGUGUUGUAAAUAUGACAAAUUUAUCCCAAAUGAAAAUACAACAUGGCUAUUAUGUUUUUUGUAAUCAUGUGUACUCAAGCAUGUAAUCCUUAGUAAAUGUCAAAUGUAACUUACAUUUUUAUCUGACCAAGGUAACAGUUUUAACAUAUAAUGAUUGCAUUUUCCUUUAUAAUUUCACAUUUUGAUAAUGUCAUUGACAUAAUUACCCAUAAUGAACACAAAACUACAUGCUAUUGAUAUAAUUACCCAUAAUGAGUACAUUUUUAAAACUACAUGACUGCAUCAAAAAGACCUGCAUCAAUGUAAUUCUGGCUUUAACCUAAACGUGCUUAACAGUGGAGGACAUCGAGCUUUGGUUGCUUAGAAAAAGUAGUGCUCUUUAUGUCACACCUAAAAUGCUUGGUUAACCAUCAAGGUAUACCAUUUUACAUAUUCAUUUUCAAUUUUACAUAUUUUUAAUUUUUGUACUUUUUAUUUUGAUGCCCACCGAAUAAGGGCAUUAGAUCAGGUUUCACCUGGAACACAGCAAAGUGAAUAAUGCUUAGGGUAUUUGCCUGAAUGACUUGGCAUUCCUGGUAGUAGUUAUGGUAAAACUAGAAGUUUGCCAUUACAAUAGGCAUUUUUGGGAGAUUAUUAGACUUUGGCAUUAGUAAGGCUAGUCCUCCUGUUAGGCUAGUUUAUUAUGGUAAUGCUUUAGCAUCAUGAAAAUGAAGUUGUUGUUGCCUUUUUUUUUUUUUUUUUUUUUUUUUUUUUUUUUUUUUUUUUUUUUUUUUUUUUUUUUUUUUUUUUUUUUUUUUUUUUUUUUUUUUGUCAAGUAUAUUUGAAGUUUUCCUUGUUACUCUGCCAUGUUUGGUUAAAAGGUUAAUUAAUUACAGUCAUAUAAUGUAACCCCUUAAGAGCCAAUUAUGUAGAUUAUUGAUACAAGGAUUUAGACAACAUUUUUAGCGAUAUAUUUUGAAAAUACAGUGCUAGUGUUCCGUUCCAAGGUUAUUUCAGUCAUGUUUCAGAAAAAGGUAUUUUGGGACAUGUUAUGAAGAGUUUUAUUUUUAAAUGGUCUAAUGAAAGUAUUAAGGACAUGAUGGUGCCACAUAUAGGAGAAAUGAAAAACAACCAAUUUGUUGGGGAUGGCAAAGUUAAACUAUAGAAUUUUUACAUAAGUAAGGGCUGGUAGUUUUUUGCAAUGUCAUCUCCAUAUUGUUAAUAAGGCAGGUACAUACAUCAUCAGACACCUUUUUCUGCUUAUUGGUAAAUCAGCAAGUAUUGUAAAAUGCUUGUGGCACUCCAAUUAGUUAAUAUGUUAGUUACUGCUGUAAUAUAAAUGUGCAGUUGACCUCCAGUAUUUGUGGGGAAUGUGUACCACAACCUCAAAUGAAUAACUAAAAUCCACAAAUAUUUAAAACCGCUUUAAAAAUGCUUAGAACUCCCUAUUUUGAUAGUUCAAACACACACACACAACUCUAAAAUUGCUUAUACCCAAGAUUUUAAUAGUUUAUCACAAAAAGUCCAUUUAUUCAUGAAAAUGAUAUGAAAAUACAGUAGUCAGUGAAUAUUUCUUAGUGAAAAAUGCCGUGAGGCGGCAAAUUUUCUGUGAAUGUGUAUACUGUAUGGUUUAUACUAUAUGUGUUCCAUGGAGAAAUUCGCGAAUCGGUUAGUCCGCAAAUCCGGAACCGCAAUUAGGCAGGGGUCAACUGUAUUUCAGAUUGUUAUUUUGUUUCAAAACAAACUUUUUUUCAAUAUGCAUUUAUCAAGAGUGCUCUAAUGUAAAGGUGAUGAUGACUGUCCAUUAAUACUUUGUAAAAAAAAAAGUUUUCACUUUAUGUAAA